AUCAAACCUUCUCACUGCGGCGCACGGUCUGACCCCAAAAGUUUUUUUCGCGGAAACGGAGAUUUGAUCAGGAGACAUGAACCAGUUUGAGGAAGCACUCUCUCAGCUGGAAUCUUUGCAUGCCCAGGAGCUCACGCGAGUCCAGACGGAGCUGCAAACGAAGAUCGAGCAACUACAGGCCUCCUUGAUGGAAGCUGAAGCUCUGAAGACUGCCGCCGCCGAACCGCAAGCCCUGGCGGCGGUUAUUGAACACAUUGCUCAAGAGUUGCAGGAACCGGCGCUGGCACAGGAAGCUACCCAGGAGUCGCAGAUGGAUGAAACGACGAAGCAUCGAGUUUAUGCAAAAGCUCAGUCCGUGACGUUUGAGGAUGAGAAGCGCGAAGGUUCCGUCCGCAGUCGACUGUCGAGUUCUGACGAGAAGACACGGCUCGAAAUGUUGGAGUGUCAGCGAGGUCUCCUGACGUCCAACAUGAACGAAGAAGCGCGGAGCAAACUCUACAGAAUGCAGGAGGAGAUGUACAAGAAAGAGAAGGCCAUCGGAGAGAUCAACGCAAGGGUUCGAAAUCCUUCCGUGAAGGAGCAGGAAGGAGCAAUUGAACGGAAGGUCACUUUGGCGUGUAUCUUGAAUAGCCGCGCCUUUGGAUUGUUCGUGGCCGGGAUGAUCAUCUUCAACUCCAUCCUGUUGGGUUUGGACGUGAACCGCAACAAAGCUGCGCUGGACGAACAGAUCUUGGUGGUCUUGGGGGAGAUCUGUAACGCCUUCUUCUUCAUCGAAUUGAUGCUGCGCUUGUGGUGCUACAGGACCCACUUCUUCUGCGGAGACGAACUGGGCUGGAACUUCUUCGAUAGUUUCUUGGUGCUUUCAUCCAUUCUCGACGUGGUUUUGACCUACACAGCCACCAACAUGUCCCCCGCUGUGGCGGGCUCCGUCAAGAUGCUGAAACUGUUCAGGAUUAUGCGCGUCUUCCGCGUCUUUCGCUUCUUUCGUCAGUUGGCCAAUUGGGCCAUGAUGAUUUUGGACUCGCUGAAGAGUUUGUUCGGCGCACUGAUCUUACUGGGCAUCAUCAUCUAUGUUUUCGCAGUCAGUUUAUCGAUGAACACUGCAGAUUGGCUCAUCAUGCAGGAGAAGGAGGGCGUGACAGAUGAACUCAAAAGCAGCGUGGAUUUUUGGUUCGGAUCUUUGGGCAAAACCUUGUACACUCUGUUGCUCUCGAUCCUGGGCGGCGUCUCCUGGCACUUGGUCUGCGACCUUCUGUUAGAAAUUGACAUCCUGUCCGCCGUUUUGUUGCUCUUUUACAUCAUGUUCACCAUUUUUUCGGUCUUGAACGUGAUUACUGGAGUUUUCGUUGACAGUGCCAUACAGACGAGCAAUUCACAGAGAGAUAUCCAGAUCGAGCGGGAAAUGGAAUUGAAGGAUUCCUUUCUGAAAUCCCUCAAAGGUUUCUUUGAGGCCCUGGACACGGAUGGCUCUGGCUCCAUCCAUUUGGAAGAGAUCAAGAUCAUGCUUCAGGAUCCAACCCUUGCAGCAUAUUUUGCGGUGCUCGGCUUCGACGAAGUCAAUGCCAAUCAAAUCUUCCAUCUGCUGGAUGAUGAUGAAUCCGGAGAGGUGAGCAUCGAGGAGUUCCUUGACGGUUGUUCCAAAUUGAAGGGCGCAGCUCGAUCCAUCGACGUUCACGCCCUGAUGCACCAGUGCAGGCGACGGCAGGGUGUGGCAGUGGUGAAGGAGUCACCCCCCAAGAAAAUGGAGGGCUUGCUCAGCUUCGCCCAAAGAGAAGGGCUGACUGAGGAAGAAGCCCAGAAAGUUCUUAGACUGAACCGUCCAGUUACAGAUGCUGGAUGGGUUGAAGCAGAAGACUUGGGAGAAGAAGCCCUGCUGAUUGCAAAGGAAACUAUGGAGGCGGGCAGGUACCUUGAGUACGCCUGCUAUGAAUCAACAGGGGCACCCCAAGGGCGAGCAGUGUUGAAGCUGCAGAGCUGGGAAGAAGAGGGCGUUCUGACGGGCUCCCAUGGGGAGUGUUCAGACCCCUAUUAUCAGUGGUAUGCUGACCACGACAUCCGAGACCGUGGGGCCGUGUACCACGUGUGCACGGGGAAGCAUUCCACUUGCCGGUUCAAGCUGCCGCGCGGAGACAGGAGGAUUGUGAUUCACCUGGACCGAUGGCGGUUGCUGAGCCCGGCAAUCAUGAUACGAUCAGACUAUAUGAAAGAAAAAGGUGAGCGGCAGCGGCAAAGUUGCCAGGCUGCUGGAGGUGGUGGUUUUCCCCCGCCUGCCCCGGAGAAACGGGGGCCGAGGGAAGGUGAGACAAGAGACAAGAGCCCCAAGGAAGAGCGCAAGAAAAGACGAGUGGAGGAACACAUAAAAGAUCAGAUGGCCAGGCAAGAGAAAAGGCGCAGGUCGAAAUCUCCCAGCCGGAAAAGGAGAAACAAAGACAAGUCGAAGAAGGAAAGAGGCAAGGGGCGCCGAAGAGAUUCUUCCGAGGAUUCUUCAGGGGCCAAGUCCUCGUCGGGCAGUUCGCAUUUUCAAGCAGCCCCAGCCCGGCGGGGCGAGCUUUGGCGACAAGCCCAAAAGAAACCCGGGCGGUUGGCACAGAGGUCCCUAGACGAGAUGUGCCGAUAUCUCGCCGACCGUCACGAGACCGCCGAAGGAGAGCUGGCAUGGGCCGGUCAGAAGGUAGUGGCCUACCUGAAUCAGGUGGUGCUGGUGAACCACCCUCCAGCUCGCAUAGGGGUCAGAUCCCACCGAGAGAUGGUGACUCUGGCAAUGACCGUAGACGAGUUGCUGGGAGGGAGGAUCAUGCAUGCCUUGGACCUGUUGCUGCAGAGGUUCAAAGCGAUAGAGGCCUCCUUCGAGGAGGGAGGUUGGCAGACAGCACGGCACCUGGAGCUCAUUCCGGGAGGCGGAGCCGGUCUCUUGAGAGAAGACGAGAGGGCUGCCGCAGCGAAGGCCGAGAUCCAGGCUCCCCAAGGGGAGAAGUCCGUGAGCCAUCAAGAGCGAAAAGAGAGCCCCUUGAGGGGCCGUCAGACCGCUUGGAAGAAGACGAGGGAAGAUCAAGGUCAGCACGUGACCUUCGAAGAGAAGAGAGCCCAGCACGAGCAAGGAGAAGGAGACGGUCAAAAAGGGAUCGCUCCCGUCGUGAUCGUCGACGACGGGCCGGACAAGAGUCAGAACCAAGAUCAGCCCCUCCAGAAGGGGUCAAAAGGGAAGAUGAAAGGAGGAGGAAAGGGCAAGAGAAGCCGGCCAGCCUGGAAGGCGAGCAAGUUCGGCAGACCAAAAGGGAGCCAUCACAAAGGAGUCGGCAAAGCAUCAAAAGGGAGCAAAGCAGGUCCUCCAGGGGACGAAUCUCUGCCACCCCAACGCGUGGUGAUGUCGACUUGA